UCAGUGAGAAAAAAGCAAAACAAGAAGUGCGUUUUGUUGGGGACCAUAAUUUAGCCAUGUUGUGUAUCCAUGAAAACAACAGAGCAAAUAUUACAAAGUCGCAAGGAAACGAGGCUAAAAACUUUACAGUCAGAUUAAUAAAUGUGGGCUGUUGAUUCCGGUGAUGUUCUGUUGAUUGUCAUGGCCACAGCAACCAUACAGUAGCAGCAACACGUUAAUCGCAGUCAAUACCAAAGAUUCUAGAACAGAGCUCUGUUCUAGAAUCUUUGGUCAAUACCACUUUGGGGUAUGUGAAUCAAAAGCUAGGCCAAUAUCCAAACUUGAGAGAAUGGCAUUAAUGCAUUACCACCAACAUUUGUCUCAUCUAUCUACUGUCUUUCAAUAAAAUUGUAUCGUAAGGGCUACACAGUCAUAUGAAUUAAUGGCGUUGUCUCUGCCUCCAUCUUUAAGCAGUUGCCCCGGUAACCGAUAAAACGGCUAUCGUUGGUAGAGCUAAUUAGCUAGCACUAACGUUAGCGGCUGGAACAUCUGGGUACUUUGUUAUCUCGCCGCCAAAUUAGUGACCAGGAAGUGACCAGGGCUAUUAUCCUGUCUCUGAGAGAUGGCAUAUCUUCGUUCAACAGCCUCUGUGAUUCCAUCCUCAAUAUGGACCUAACCUCUCCUGACACUUUUGAUUAUGAACACAUCAGAGUGCUGAUUGUCAACACUGAGCAGGCCAUGAGGAAGACUACGCAGGAGGCCGAGGGGAAACUGGGAAAACUGGAUGAGGACACAGAGAACCUCACAGCACAACUGCACGCGCUUGCCAAAGUGCGAGAUGACAAUAUACUCAAUUUAGACCACUUAAAAACCAAGUUAGAUGCUGAGACGCAGUCCUUAAAAAAUUCAGAGGAAACGCUGGAGCAGGCCAGAACACUUCUUCAAAAUAAUGAAGACGUGCUUAACAAACAGCGUAGCAGAAAAAGUACUGCUACUGCUAUAGCGGGUGCUAGUCCAGCAAUGCUAAUCGUCCCAGUUAUUGGAUGGAUAGCUGCAAUAGCCAUGGCAGCUGGUGGCGGUGUGGAAAUCAGUGAAGCUGAAAAGGCAGUUCACGUUGCAAAAGAGGAGGUGGAGAAGGCUGAGUGUCAGGUAAAGACUUUCUCUGAUAAGGUUUCUGACUAUCAGUCCAAAAUCUCAAAAUCUGAAUGCGAUAUCAGACAGACAGACGGGGAACUGGAACGUGUCCGAGGAAGAAUCUCUGGGGUUCAGCAGCAGAGAGUGGCCUUGGCAGAGUUCCAGGUGCAGAUGCGAGACACUGUCCACCUCCUGGGGUGCCUGAAUGGGGCAGCCAAUGCACUGGAGCUCCAGACCAAACGCUCCAUCCUCCUGGAGCCUGUGAUGAAGGUGAUUGGGGAAAUGGUGAAGGUGGCUGGGGGAAUCCUGGGGAAGGAGAUUCUAGAGGAUGCGGACCUGACUAAUCUCAUCAAUGCCAUGAGAGAGAAAAGCAGGAGACUGGCAGAUAUUUGUGCCUCACACGACUCUUCAGUUCUUAGUCCUUAUUAGAUAUUUACAUAGUUAUCAUUAUCUGUGAUUUCAGAAAAAAAUAUGAAUGCCUCUUCCUUAGUUCAACUACAUUUUGAUCUGUGUAAUUUAAUAAAAGGAGCUAAGGGACUGUUCGUUAUUUAUAAACCGGGCCACCGGAGGAAAAUAGGG